AUUUUAAUUGGGAUUCUCUACCAAGAUCAACCCUAUGAAUUUUUCAUUUUAUAAUAGGGUGUUGUAUUCUUGCCUCGUGGGAUGUGAAAAUGCUUUAAAUAUUAUCUCAUGUGCGAUAAAAAUAUCAAAUUAAAAAAAAAAAAUCUCUUUAAGUACCAAAGUUCAAGUAAAAAAAGAAAAGAAGAAGAAGGCAGUUGUUGAACAACUUUAAUUAUUUGUCCAUUAUUAUUAUUAUUACUCUUCUAAGAUCCAUCAAACAAUGGAGGCAAUGAAUCCCAAGCCUUUCUUUGAGGGAGAAGGUGGUUCAUAUCACAAAUGGCUGCCUUCUGACUAUCCCUUGCUGGCUCAGACUAACGUGGCCGGCGGCCGCCUUCUCCUCCGCCCUCGAGGCUUCGCUGUUCCUCACUAUUCUGAUUGCUCUAAAUUUGGCUAUGUUCUUCAAGGUGAGGAUGGAGUUACAGGAUUCGUGUUUCCAAAAAAAUGCAACGAGGUGGUAAUAAAGCUAAAGAAAGGAGAUCUGAUCCCAGUGCCAGCUGGAGUCACGUCGUGGUGGUUCAAUGACGGAGACUCUGAUUUGGAAAUCAUCUUUUUGGGUGAAACCAAAAGGGCUCAUGUCCCCGGUGACAUUACAUAUUUCAUUCUCUCUGGCCCUCGCGGUCUCCUACAAGGCUUCACGCCAGAGUAUGUCCAAAAAAGUUGCUCUCUAAACCAGGAAGAAACAAACACAUUCCUCAAAAGCCAACCCAAUGUCCUAAUCUUUACCGUUCAACCAUCCCAAUCCCUCCCCAAACCCCACAAAUAUAGCAAACUAGUUUACAACAUUGAUGCAGCCGCACCGGACAACAGAGCCAAAGUUGGCGACGCUGCCGUUACAAUGGUGACGGAAUCCACAUUUCCAUUCAUUGGUCAAACUGGGUUGACGCCAGUUCUCGAAAAGCUCGACGCCAAUGCCAUCCGUUCCCCAGUCUACAUUGCUGAGCCGUCCGACCAACUGAUCUACGUGACUAAAGGAUCCGGGAAGAUUCAGGUCGUCGGAUUUUCGAGUAAAUUUGAUGCAGAUGUGAAAACAGGUCAGCUGAUUUUGGUCCCUCGAUACUUCGCCGUCGGGAAAAUCGCCGGAGAAGAAGGCUUGGAGUGCAUUUCCAUGAUUGUAGCAACACAUCCUAUGGUGGAAGAAUUGGCCGGAAAGACAUCUGUUUUGGAGGCAUUGUCGUCGGAGGUUUUUCAAGUUUCUUUCAAUGUCACGGCGGAGUUUGAGAAGCUCUUUAGGUCAAAGGUUUAACAAAGGCUUGGCUUUUAAUUAGAUGAAUAAAGACAAUAAUGAUUGAUUAUUAUUAUUAUUAUUAUUAUUAUUAUUAUUAUUAUCUUGUUUUCGAAGGAAGAGACAAUGGUAGAUUAUUGUAUUAUUAUCAUCUCAUCAUGAUUUGAUUUGAUUUUUGUUGGCAACAUGACUGUAUUUUAUUUCA